CCUCAUCUGCAAAACAAGCGCCGGCAGCCGCCGCCGCCGCAGCAGCAGCAGCGAAGCACGGCUCUGCGCGCCGACUACAAGGGGGUUAAAAGUGUAGAUUGGAUUCCACCCCGGGAAAUCGAGCGCACGGAGUGAACUUGAAUCUUUGGCUAUUUAAGGAGGACUGGGGUUUGUUGUGGAGUUGUGGUGAUUCAGGGCAGACCCCCGUCCUGAUUGAUUUCAUCUUCCUCGAGUCUCAGAUGACUGUAAAAUGAACAGAUGAAAUUAUUCCUUUUUUGAGGCUUUUUCUUAGGGGCUCUCCGGGCAGCGCGUUUGCAAAAGCGAAGUCAUGAUGUAUUCUCCAAUCUGUCUCACUCAGGAUGAAUUUCACCCAUUCAUUGAGGCACUUCUUCCGCAUGUCCGUGCAAUUGCCUACACUUGGUUCAACCUCCAGGCUCGAAAACGCAAGUACUUCAAAAAACAUGAGAAACGAAUGUCGAAGGACGAGGAAAGAGCAGUCAAGGAUGAGCUACUAAGCGAAAAGCCCGAAAUUAAACAGAAGUGGGCAUCCAGGCUCCUCGCCAAGCUGCGCAAAGAUAUUCGCCAAGAGUUCCGGGAGGAUUUUGUGCUCACGGUGACUGGGAAGAAGCACCCGUGCUGUGUAUUGUCCAAUCCUGACCAGAAGGGUAAGAUUAGGAGGAUCGACUGCCUGAGACAGGCUGACAAAGUCUGGCGUCUGGAUCUAGUCAUGGUGAUCCUGUUCAAAGGCAUCCCCUUGGAAAGUACGGAUGGAGAGCGGCUCAUGAAAUCCCCACAUUGCACAAAUCCAGCACUUUGCGUCCAGCCGCACCACAUAACAGUAUCAGUCAAGGAGCUUGAUUUGUUUUUGGCAUACUACGUGCAGGAGCAAGAUUCUGGACAACCAGGAAGUCCAAGCCACAAUGAUCCUGCCAAGAAUCCACCAGUGUAUCUUGAGGACAGUUUUGUAAAAUCUGGAGUGUUCAACGUGUCAGAACUUGUGAGAGUGUCCAGAACACCUAUAACCCAAGGAACUGGAGUGAACUUCCCAAUUGGAGAACUUCCGAGCCAGCCAUAUUACCAUGAUAUGAAUUCUGGUAUAAAUCUGCAGAGGUCUUUAUCCUCUCCACCAAGCAGCAAAAGACCCAAAACUAUCUCCAUAGAUGAGAAUAUGGAGCCAAGCCCGACAGGAGACUUUUAUCCUUCUCCAAAUUCACCAGCUGCAGGAAGUCGGACAUGGCAUGAAAGAGAUCAAGAUAUGUCUUCUCCUACAAUGAAGAAACCUGAAAAGCCUUUGUUUAGUCCUACUUCUCCCCAGGAUUCUUCACCGAGACUGAGCACUUUUCCCCAGCAUCACCACCCAGGAAUCCCAGGAGUUGCACAGAGUGUCAUCUCAACUAGAACUCCACCUUCACCUUCACCGUUGCCAUUUCCAGCACAAGCUAUUCUCCCUCCUGCCCCGUCUAGUUACUUCUCUCAUCCAACGAUCAGAUAUCCUCCCCACCUGAAUCCUCAGGAUACUCUGAAGAAUUAUGUACCUUCUUACGACCCGUCCAGUCCGCAGACUAGCCAGCCUAACAGCAGUGGUCAAGUAGUAGGGAAAGUGCCUGGCCAUUUUACUCCAGUUUUGGCACCCUCUCCCCAUCACAGUGCGGUGCGACCUGUGACCCUGACCAUGACAGAUACUAAGCCCAUCACUACAUCCACUGAAGGUGAGGCAUCUUCACCUACAGCAACCACCUACACAGCUUCAGGCACAUCCCAAGCCAAUCGAUAUGUGGGACUAAGCCCAAGAGACCCAUCCUUCCUACACCAGCAACAGCUGAGGAUUUGUGACUGGACCAUGAAUCAAAACGGCAGGCAUUUAUACCCCAGUGCCAGUGAGGAUACAUUGGGAAUUACUUGGCAAAGUCCUGGUACCUGGGCUAGCUUGGUUCCUUUUCAAGUAUCAAACAGGACACCGAUCCUGCCGACAAAUGUCCCAAAUUAUGGUUUGAACAUAAUUGGAGAGCCUUUCCUUCAAGCAGAAACAAGCAACUGAGGGAAAAAAUAAAAGAAAAAUUAGGGAAAAGAAUAAAAAGGAAGACAGGAUGAGAGAAGAAACUGAAGAACGAAGAAAAAAUAGACCAGCAAUUGCAGCACUUACAAUCACUAAUUCCCUUAUGGUUGAAACUGAAAUGACAUACAAAGGGUCGAUGAUAUUUCACUGAUGGGUAGAACGCAGCUCCUGCUAAGUAGCCUUUGUUAUAUGAAGUCCGCUGGGAAAUAGAUGUUCUGUCUCUGACAAUAUAUUUUAACUGACUUUCUAGAUGCCUUAAUAUUUGCAUGAUAAGCUAGUUUUAUUGGUUUAGUAUUCUUGUUGUUUACGCAUGGGAUCACUAUUCCUGGUUAUCUCACAAAACAAAGGCUAGGCAGCAGCAGCAGAUUUGCAGGAGGACAAGGGCUGUAAGCCAGCCAUUUUCUCGACACUCUGGUUUUUAAAUGUUGUUAAGAAAAAAGCUCUGUAGCCUUUAGUUAUCAGUAUGGAUUUAUUAAACUUUGGCCCUUGACUCAGCCUUUUCUAGUGUGUUACCCAGCUUGAAAUUUUCAAUCAGAAUGAAUUUACACGCUCUAUGUAAGAAAUGCCUCUAUGUAGGUAGAAGUGUUAUCUUUUCAUGCAACAGUAAAAAGAAAAAAAAAAAAAAAAAAGCAAACUUUUUACCCACUAAAGAAACACUUAGAGAGGCAAGUGCAAUUUAAAAGUUGUAUCAAAGGGGUCAUCAUUAUAAGUCCUUCAGCCCUUGGACUCUAAAUUGAGGGGAUUAAAAAAGGAAUUAAAAAUUACUUUGAACAAAUUUAUUUUUCCCCUCAGUUUUUGAGGGCAUUAAAAGGCAUUACAUCAAGACAAAUCAUGUCCUUGAGAAAAAUAAUCAGUGAAAACACAGCACUUAUGUUGGUUUAGCUGCUGCCUCCACAAAGGGGUAGAAUUUAUUUAUUUAAAGUUACUGGUUGCAUCAAGAACCCAUAGGGUUUAUAUUUUUCUGUAUAAUCUGCAUCAUAGAGACAAAGAGAUAGGCAAAUCCAUGCCAAAAGGGCAAAGCUUACUGUUUACAAACUGGUAAUACCAGGAUGGGGAUAAGAUUUAUUUAAAUAAUGCACUCUCUAAGUCUACAGGGUGCUGAAAACUUGCAUGGUGCUUUCAGAAGAUAGCCUUGUUCAACAGAUUUCACAUAUUGACAGAAAUAUAAUGUGCAUGGGCAGACAUUUUGCCUCUAUGUCUCUUAAAACAUAAUUAAAAUACUCUUUCCAGUAAUCCUGAUUUGCACGAAAAUAUAAUGUCCACAUUACGUGCCUUGCCUUGAAAUCUAAAAAAAGGAAAAAAAACACAAAAAAAUACAAAAAAAAUCCACAAAAACCACAAAAAAAUUUGACAUCUCUACACUUGUUUUGCUGCAUUUAUUAUCAUUUAAAUCUUUACCAUUUUUAUGACAAAAUAUUUUGUACUCCAGAUGGGAAAAAAGUGUGACAUCAUGGAUUUUUUAGACAGUUAUAUCUUUAUCUUACAUUUAUAAAGCAUAUCAUGGCUGUGUAUAAUUGCCGCUUUAGAAUUGUAAUCGACCAGCAAUAUUUUCAGUAUUUUGGUGUUUUUUCUAUUAACCUUUCAUGUUUUUCAUCUUCCAAUUAAUAUUGGGGGGAGGGGAUUCAAAUUUAUACGAAUUAUGCAAUACCAAGUUUUGCCUAUGUAGGUAGUGCUUUUAGCUGUAUUGGUUACUAUAGGUAAGUACACAGAUUUAAAAGAAAAAAAAAAAGAAUAAUGUAUGCUUUUUUUUUUUUUUUUUUUAAUUGACCAAAGUGGGUACUGCUAUUUUCGCAGUGUGAUGAGGUCCUUUUAUGUACUGAGAGAUGGACGGGGAUUUUUUUUUUAUACAUAUAUAUAUAUUCUGGGGUGGGUGGGGAUGAUUUUUAACACUUUACAGUGUAGCUGUGAAGCAGUGCACCCUUAGCCAGGCGAGGGCUGCAAAGCGACUGUUCUGCCUACUGUGACAAACUUUCAAAUCGGUUCCCUCUUUUAACUUCCCACCUGGGGUGCAAGCUGAAAUCAUUUCUGGAUUUAAAAAUAAAUGAUGAAUUCUGUUGGAGGCAGACUUGACUUGAGGAAAUUGUUUUACUUCAAAUUUCUUUAGAGAGAGAGAGAGAGAGAAAGAGAGUGAUAGAAACAGAGGAGAGAGAGGCAGCCAGAGGAAGAAGGAUGUCACGACCCACAGCAAGAUGAAUCCUUCCCACUCUGGCAAAUAUACUACGUCCUGAAGUGUUCAUGUUAGAAAUGUUUUUAACUUAGAAAGAAGCUUGCUUUGUCUAGGAAAUGUGCGUAGAGGGCCAAAAUCUUUGCUGGCAUAACUCCACUGGCUUCAGUUGACUUCAGAGCUGUUCCCGCAGAGAAUUUGCCUCCUUUAGUCUGCAUGGCUGGUAAAUAUUUCUCUUCCCCUACAACAAAACUAUUUUUUGAAGUUUGUCAACUCACAGCGUCCAAGUUCCAAUCUUCAGUCCACUCAGACCAUGUCAGAGGUUUGCAAAGUCUUCUCAUACAGAGCUCCGGGCUGUAGCAGGAAAGGAGCUUCAUAAUGGGUGGAAUUAGACUAUGGUGUAAACAGAAGUGCAUUUCCAGUAAAACCAGACCUUACACAUCAGUAGUGAGCCUGUUGCUGGAGACCUCUUAUGUGCUGGGAAUGCUUCUUAUCUACAGCUCAGUGUAGGGAGAACAUCUUCAGGUGCAAGCAAAGGAGGGAACAGACUUGAAAUGGGGUAUCCUUUCAGCCCUCUGCGGUUGUCUCUACAUUUCAGAGGUUUUCCCACGCUGGAGCAGCUCCAGAGUACAGCUCCAGCAACAGGUGCUGGGUGCUGACACACUGACAUCAGUCCCUUCUCGCCUUGGCCAGCACGUGGCUGCUGUGAGGCCAUGGUGGUGGCACAUCCUACGUGUCUCUGCAGCAGGCAGAGCCUGGACAGAUUCUGAGGCAGAAGCUGUAGGAAAGCAGAUCUUUAUAUCUAAACUGAAAAAGAAAGGAAAAAAGCAGGAAAAAAAAGAAGCCAAUAUCAAAGUUAUGUUUGUCUUUUCCUGAGCCCCAUGGUAAGUGACUUAAUUUCCUUAGCACAUUGCUGUUAAGACUAGCUGAAAUGUGGGAGACCCACCCAGAGCAGAUCUCAGGCUCUGGCCUGGUGAAAUGAACAAUGUUAUUGCUUUUUCUGAUGGGCCCUGAUAUCAAGUGGUCAGGGGGCAUGGGCAUCUGCCGGGCACUGUCCAUGCUGCGGGCAGCAGGGUGUCCCCUAAGGUUUUAAAUGCAUGCCAGGAUGAAACCGAAAUGAUUGUGAUUGCCAAAAGGACAAAUAUCCCUGAGGGAAGAUGGAUGGCUUUAUGUGAGCUUUUCUGUUAUCUCUGACCUCUUGUAUGAAAAAAAAAAAAUGAGCUUGCAGGUGCAGUAUUUUUAAAAGCAGACCCCUUCCAUGUGAAUGAAUUGGUUUUGUUGAGCAACUGUGGGUUUUUUUACAUGUGCCUCUCUGAUAUAAAAGUCUGGUUGGAAGAAAACAAACUUUUCAUUUACCUUUUUUUUUGCUUUUUAAGCUCAGCAGUCAAAAGAUUAAGAUAACAUUGAGAACUCAAAUCCAGUCUCUGGCCUCCUCCUUCACCAGGAAGUGUAUUCUGACUAAAUCAAGCCACCCCGUUCUAUGUGCACUGUUCUGCCUUUAUUAAGUUGCUUUGCAGCCCUGGCCUCACGGCUGUGCCACUGAAGUGUGUUCCCCCUGGAGUGACAUGAACGUUUGAGGCUUGACUAUGGAAAAAAAAAAAGGCAGUGAAGGAGACUGUACAUAAAGACAUGGCAAAAAUAUUAAUUAUAGCAAUAUAGUUGUGGGGUGAUGUUCAGGUGGGCAGCUCCAUUGAAAAUAUGUGAAUGGAUUUGUGAAGCUGCAAGUAGCGAGAAGAAAGGAGGAUCUUCUGAAUGAACCGCCUACCUUGUAGACAGUAAUUUGUACACUGUAUAGUUUUGUUAAGAUUUUUUUUUUAAUUAAAAUACCCUUGUUUGUAAAGCUAACUUUUUAACAAUUAUAAUGGAAAUAUAUGUCAUUUCCAUUUUUAAAGUAAACAAGAAUAUUCCUUGUUUGGAAGCUGGACUUGGGUUAAAACUCUCCAGUUUCUUAAUUUAUGUGUUAAAAAAAAAAAUCUGUCCAUGUUAGCAGUUAUUUCACAGAUUCCUGUGCUUGAAAAGCAUAGGUUACUAAUCCUUUAAAAAUGUAAAUGGAGAAAAGUUAUAUUUUAUGAAGGUUAUUUUGUUGUAUUUAGUAUUGGAAAAGUUGGUUUUCAGAGCAUUUCAAAAUGUUGGAAACACCACUGUCUUUUUAUUAGUAUAUAUGGCCUUUAGCAAAAGUUUUUGUGAUUGUUACAUGAUGGUAUUUAAGAUUAGGUUCACAGAGCAAUUCAGGAUAGGCAGAGAAUAAAAACAGUACUUAUGUCUCACAUAGCUGUGUCCUCAGGGAGCAGAAUUUUGGAUUUGCAACUUGUAGCUUCAUAAGGAUUUAAUGAAAGAGAUUGCACAAGGACAUACUCAGCUGUGACACCGGGGUGUGUUCUGUACCUAAAUCUAAAUUAUAUUUACCGUGUGAGGUUAUGAAGGCUGCAGAAAGUUAUCCCAUAUUCAGUGUACAGUAUUCACUUUUAAUGAAACAACUCUUUAAUGUUGCUGGCAGUAAGGUCCCAAGCAUGACAUCCGAUAUAGUUUAUAUGAUCCUGUCAAGGUCUUUUGUUAACAUUAACCAGCUGCAAUGCUCCUGGACUUUUUUUAUUGGGUUUCUAUAGAAAACUAAAAAAAAAAAAUAAAAAAUUGUAUGUGGGCUAAGAAAGUUAAGCAGAAAAAGCUCAAAAUUGAAUGUUCAGCUCCACACUGAAGGAGCUGAAAACUCUCUCCCUCUUAUUUGCACUUUCUGCUAGUUCCCCGAUUUUUUUCUAAUUCCUCGAAAUUGUGUGGGUGUGGUGGAGCACUGCAGUUGGAGGAUAACACAGACCACUGAUUUUGCCCUUUAACCCUGCACAAUGACCUUUGCAUCAGCCAAACUUAUUGCCAUGACAACUCUUUGUACUGUUUCCACGCCACAGCUCUGUUGGUCACAUUGCUAAUAGCAAAGGGGACAAGUCCAAGACGGUCAAUUUUUACAUUUUUUGUUGCAAUUUUUUCUUCAGUGGUUGUAAGUAGGUUUUUGUUUCUUUUCCUUUUUUUUUUUUUUAAGUAAUAAAAGGGUUCACUAGUUAUUACUCUUUACGAAUAUCUGUGUGUUGCAAUUCAAAUGUAUGUUGAAUUUGUGAAAAGGGCUUCAGUGCCACUAGCAUCAUGAUAUCCUAGAAUAAGCCUUUCGUACUUUUAUUGCAUGAUACAGUAACAGUAAAACAGAAGGUGGCCUAAAUAGAUGCAAAGCAGUGUAAGCUAGUGACACUAAAGCCAGUCUUUGUAUUACUGUAUUUUUGACAGAAUGGUUUUGAAACUGUGCUACAGGGACUGAUGUGGCAAAUGUAUCUCUAUAUGCAGAAAGAAGUUUUUUAAGAAGUAUGGCUUAUUAUGCAUUCUUCAUUGAGGGCAUUGAAGUUGCAUGGACUGAUAAAAGUUGAUGCAAAAUGAGAAAGAAACAAAAACCAGCAAAAUGUUUACCAAAAAAUCUCAAACAAAUGAGCAGUGCCUGUUCAAUUUCACAGUCUCUGUUGAGUUCAGUUGUAAAUAUGUUUCAGAUAACAUUUUCUUCAAAAAAAAAAAAGAUCUCUACAACAGUGUAGAAUGUGAGGGUUCCUCAAGUCCCAGGCAUAGGCUUCUCAAGAGCUGCGUUAGGUUAUGUCUUCAUCAAGCUGUUAAUUUGUGCUUAUAUCAUAUAGAACUUAUAGCAAACUGGGAAGAGGCACCCCAUCUCAAUGAUAUUUCUCUGAGAACAACUUUUGUAGGGCUGUGUGUUUCUUUAGAUACAUUUAGUACAACUGUAGUGACAAGUAGUCAGUUAUUGCUUGCUAGCUACACACUAGGGUUGAUCCAUUUUAAAACUUUUGGCAUUUUUCCCCAUACUGUAGGCCAUAAAUCCUGAAGGUUACAUUUUAAUUAAAAAGUAAGUGCGUGCACAAUCCUUGUGUAACGAAACUUCACUUGUAGGAUGCAUUACAGUACAGCUACUUAACUUCGGAACUAAGGCCCUCUGGCAUGAGACCUGUUUUUAGCCUGAGUGUUAACAAAGGUUUUUAUUGUGCCUGGUUGGAGGAUAAUAAUGUUCUUUUUGGUACUUUUUUUUAGGUUACAAAUGAACUCAACUGCCACAAGUUUUAAACUGGUGUAAAUCAAGCUUGACUUAAUGUGAUUGUUACUGUUAUAUCCAGCCUAUACUGCUAGCAGCUGCUCAUACUGCAGUCAAUUACUGGAAGCGGAUAUAUUUCCUAUGCAAAAACUGUUUAAACAAUAAAAAUGAGCUAUGCUACAGA